UUUGACAAACGUCAACGUCGCCGCCAUUUCUGUCAGCUUCGACGUUUUUGUGAAAGUCAUCGUCAUCAGUGAAAAGCAAGUUUUCUUGUGCGUAAAAACCUCAAAAUUUUCCUGCAAUCGCAAAAAGAAAUCUAAUAAAUAAGUCUCAGACAAAAGAAGAAAAUGAAGUUGAACAUCACCUCGGCCGCCGGCAUCAUCUGCUUGCUGGAUGAACCGAUCCAGGAGUUGAAGGUUUUCGCCCUUCAAAAGUUGGACACCAUCGUGGAUGAGUUCUGGCCGGAGAUUUCUGAAGCCGUCGAGAAGAUCGAGAUCCUGCACGAAGACAAGGGAUUUGCCCAACACGACCUGGCCGCCCUGGUCGCUUCCAAGGUGUACUAUCAUUUGGGAUCGUUCGAGGACUCGCUGACCUAUGCCCUGGGGGCGGGAGAUUUGUUUGAUGUGAACGCUCGAAACGAGUAUGUCGAUACGAUCAUUGCCAAAUGCAUCGACCAUUACACGCAACUGCGGGUCCAGCUGGCGGAAAAUCCGAGCAAAGCAAAGCCGAUCGAUGCGCGUUUGGAAGCCAUUGUGAAUCGGAUGAUUCAACGCUGCCUGGAGGAUGGUCAGUAUCGGCAGGCAUUGGGAAUUGCUCUGGAGACGAGGAGAAUGGAUGUGGUGGAAUCAUCGAUUAUGAAGGCGGACGACAUCCCCGGAAUGUUGGCCUAUGCGUUCCAGGUCACAAUGAGCCUCAUUCAGCAUCGUGCAUUCCGCAACACUGUCCUGCGUUGUUUGGUUGGGCUGUACCGCAAUCUGGGUGUUCCGGAUUACGUUAACAUGUGUCAAUGUUUGAUUUUUCUGGAGGACCCACUGGCUGUGGCAGAACUGCUUGAUAAUCUGACCAAGGGGGGAGAACAUUCGGUACUGAUGGCGUACCAAAUUGCGUUCGACUUGUAUGAAUCGGCCACGCAGCAGUUUUUGGGACAAGUUUUGCAAGCUUUGAAAGCCACUGCUCCGAUUCCGUCGGCGCUGAUAUCGAACUUGAAACCACAAGGAACUAAUACGACAACAACUCCGGAGAUUAAGCAGGAACCGAAAGAGAGCGAAGACGGCGAUGCUAAGGUGGAGCGCACUGUGGAAAGCUUGAACGAAAGCGAGAAGACCCAUCAGUCGAAUAUCGAGAAGCUGGCUGGAAUUCUAUCCGGCGAAGUGACAAUCGAUUUGCAGUUGCAAUUUUUGAUCCGCAGCAAUCAUGCUGAUUUGCAAAUUUUGCGAGCCACCAAGGAAGCGGUUCGUGUUUCUAUUUGCCACACUGCAACUGUUAUAGCCAAUGCGUUUAUGCACAGCGGUACCACCAGCGACCAGUUUUUGAGGGACAAUUUGGAAUGGCUAGCAAGGGCUACUAAUUGGGCGAAGUUGACGGCCACUGCCUCGUUGGGUGUGAUUCACCGUGGCCAUGAAACUGAGUCUUUGGCUCUGAUGCAGAGUUACUUGCCGAAGGAGAGUGGACCAAGCUCAGGAUAUUCCGAGGGAGGUGGCCUGUAUGCUUUGGGAUUGAUUCACGCCAAUCAUGGAGCGAACAUAAUCGAUUAUCUGCUGCAGCAGUUGAAGGAUGCUCAGAAUGAGAACGUUCGUCACGGAGGAUGCCUUGGCCUGGGAUUGGCCGCAAUGGGAACUCAUCGUCAAGAUGUUUACGAACAGUUGAAGUUCAAUCUGUAUCAGGACGAUGCCGUUACUGGUGAAGCCGCUGGAAUCGCUAUGGGAAUGGUCAUGCUUGGCUCAAAGCAUGCCCCAGCCAUUGAAGAUAUGGUGGCUUAUGCUCAAGAAACCCAGCAUGAGAAGAUUCUUCGUGGUUUGGCCGUCGGAAUUUCCCUCACUAUGUACGCUCGUUUGGAGGAAGCUGAUUCCUUAGUAACCAGCUUGUCCAACGAUAAGGAUCCAGUCCUUCGUCGUAGCGGCAUGUAUACGGUUGCAAUGGCCUAUUGUGGCACUGGCAACAAUCAAGCAAUUCGUAAGCUGCUCCAUGUCGCCGUUAGCGAUGUGAAUGACGAUGUACGACGUGCCGCCGUUACGGCAAUUGGAUUCAUCCUCUUCCGUACUCCUGAACAGUGCCCUUCGGUAGUUUCGCUUUUAGCUGAAUCUUACAAUCCACAUGUUCGUUACGGCGCAGCCAUGGCUCUUGGUAUCGCCUGUGCCGGAACAGGACUCCGCGAGGCUAUUGCCCUUUUGGAACCGAUGGCCAAGUUUGACCCGGUCAAUUUUGUUCGUCAGGGAGCCCUCAUUGCAUCGGCUAUGAUCCUUAUCCAGCAAACUGAUCAAACCUGCUCCAAGGUCACCUUUUUCCGCCAGCUCUACACUCAAGUCAUAACCAACAAGCACGAAGACGUUAUGGCUAAGUACGGAGCCAUUUUGGCUCAGGGCAUUAUCGACGCUGGUGGUCGCAAUGUAACCGUUAGCCUUCAGUCCCGCACGGGACACACCAACCUUCAAGCUGUUGUGGGAAUGCUUGUUUUCACCCAGUACUGGUACUGGUUCCCAUUGGCACAUUGCCUCUCCCUGGCAUUUACACCCACGUGCUCAAUUGCCCUCAACUCUGACCUCAAGAUGCCCAAGAUUGAUUUGAAAUCGGCUGCUCGUCCGUCCCUCUAUGCUUACCCCGCUCCCCUAGAGGAAAAGAAACGGGAGGAACGCGACAAGGUCGCCACCGCAGUGCUAUCCUUGGCUGCCCGUGCCAAACGCCGCACCGGUGAUAAGAAGAAGGAUAGUGCCAAGGACACUGAUUCCAAAAUGGAAGUCGACGAAGAAGCCCCCGCAAAGGAUGAGCUUUCCGUUACCGUUAAAGCUAAAGAAGAAGCCAAGACAACUCCGGUCAAAGAGGACAAAAAGGACAAGAAAGACAAGGCAAAGGAGGGCUCCACUUCGUCCCCGGGAACUGCAUCUGGCGAAGAAUCCACAGCGGCCGCCACCAAAACUCCGAAGGAACCGGAACCCAGCUUCGAAAUUCUGCACAAUCCGGCUCGUGUCAUGCGUCAACAGCUGAAGGUGAUCAGCAUCGCAGAAGGAACGGCCUACACUCCGCUCAAGGACGUCACCAUCGGAGGGAUCAUAAUGAUGCAGCAUAACGCAUCCGGUGAGCAAGUGUUGGUCGAACGGGUUACCGCUUGCGGGCCCAAGAAUGACGAUCUGAAGGAACCGGAAGCUCCCGAGCCUUUUGAAUAUAUCGAAGAUUAAAAGAAAAAUGAUCUGCAAGAUUUUUGCAUUACAAUAUUAUAACUGCGUUUGAUGUAUUAGCAGAAGUACUAUCUUUGUUUCACAUUCAAUAAAGCUUUGAUGCCUAA